AUGUCCAAAGUUGUUGGUGAUGGACAAGCCGCUUAUGCGGAAGCGGGUAACGUGGUUGAACAGGCCAUUGGAGGAAUCAGAACAGUGGUGGCAUUCACGGGGGAGAAACAAGCGAUAGAAAAAUACAAUGAAAAGCUCGACAUUGCAUAUAAGACUACGGUUAAACAAGGGUUGAUCUCGGGUCUAGGGCUUGGGGUGACGUUGUUUGUGACCUUCUCUAGCUACGGUUUCGCGGUUUGGUACGGUGCCAAGCUGAUAAUAGAGAAAGGUUACGAUGGUGGUCAAGUCAUAAACGUGAUUUUUGCUGUCCUUUCUGGCGCAAUGUCAUUAGGACAGACAUCUCCUUGUCUUAAUGCUUUUGCGUCAGGACAAGCCGCAACUUUCAAAAUGUUCAAGACAAUCAAAAGGGAGCCAAAGAUUGAUGCUUAUGAUACAAGCGGUGUGGUCUUGGAUGAGAUUCGAGGUGACAUAGAACUGAGAGACGUGCACUUCACGUAUCCGGCUAGACCUGAAGUGCAGAUCUUCGCUGGAUUCUCCUUGUUUAUACAGAGCGGCACAACUGUGGCUCUAGUGGGACAGAGCGGGAGCGGUAAAUCGACAGUGAUCGGUCUUAUUGAAAGAUUCUAUGAUCCUGAGUCAGGGGAGGUGCUACUAGACGGCCAUGAUUUGAAGAAGCUUAAACUGAAAUGGAUCAGAAGCAAGAUCGGUCUUGUUAGCCAAGAACCAACACUCUUCGAAACCACAAUCAGAGAGAACAUUGCUUAUGGUAAAGAAAACGCAACUGAUCAUGAGAUUAGAACUGCGACCGAGCUCGCUAAUGCAUCUAAAUUCAUUGAUACUUUCCCAGAGUGCUUAGACGCAAUGGUAGGAGAGAAGGGGACACAAUUGUCUGGCGGACAGAAACAGAGGAUUGCGAUCGCAAGAGCGAUACUGAAAAACCCUAAAAUACUUCUUCUAGAUGAAGCUACAUGCGCUUUAGAUGCAGAGUCCGAACAUAUUUUUCAAGAUGCGUUAGUGAAGCUAAUGGCUAAUCGAACCACCGUUGUGGUGGCUCACCGGCUAACCACCAUAAGAUCAGCAAACAUGAUAGCUGUUGUGCACCAAGGCAAAAUCGUUGAAAAAGGAACUCACGAGGAGAUGAUUCAAGAUCCAGAUGGAGCUUAUUCACAGCUUGUCCGCUUACAAGAAGGAUCAAAAGAAGGAGGAAACAUAAAAGAACCAGAGAAAUGUGAAUCUUUUCGAGAUAUCAUUGAUCUAAACGAAAGCCAAAGCCGGAAGAAGGUGUCGUUGAGACGGCUUGCUCACCUCAACAAGGCAGAGACUCCUGUUCUAUUGCUUGGUUCAGUGGCUGCAAUGGUUCAUGGCACUAUGUACCCGAUCUUUGGUUAUCUACUAUCAAGCUCCAUCACCAUGUUAUUUGAGACUCCCGAUGAGUUAAAGAAAGAUGCGCAUUACUGGUCGCUCAUUUACGUUUUGAUCGGUUUCGUUAAUUUGGUAGCAGUUCCGAUUCAGAACUAUUUCUUUGGUAUUGCUGGUGGAAAACUAAUCAGACGCAUCCGGUCCAUGACAUUUGACAAAGUCUUGCACCAAGAAAUUAGUUGGUUCGAUGAUUCCGCCAAUUCCAGCGGUGCGAUUGGAGCAAGAUUGUCCACGGAUGCAUCUUCGGUGAAAAGUCUAGUUGGUGAUGCGUUGGCUUUGAUCGUGGAAAGUCUAACGAAUGUUGCGGCUGGUUUGAUAAUAGCGUUUGUGGCUAAUUGGAAGUUAGCUUUCAUUGUACUUUGCAUUGGACCGAUCCUUUUUUUCCUAGGACUACUUGAGAACAAGAUUCUCAGCCGUUACAGCGCAGAUGCCAAGGAGAAAUACGAAGAGGCGAGUCAGGUUGCAAACGAGGCGGUGAGCAGCAUAAGAACGGUAGCAUCUUUCUGCGCCGAGAGAAAAGUGAUGGACUUGUACGCAAGAAAAUGCGAGGGAGCUAAGAAACAAGGUGUUUUGGUAGGACUCGUGAGCGGUGUCGGUUAUGGUUUGUCGUUCUUUGCGCUCUACAGCUUCUAUGCCAUAUGUUUCUUUGCUGGUUCCUAUUACAUUCAGAAUGGCGAGGCCACAUUUAUGGAAUUCUUCAAUGUUUUCUUUGCACUAACGAUCACAGCAGUAGGAGUAUCUAAUACAAGUGCUUUGGCACCAGAUAUGACCAAAGCACAAGACUCUGCAACUUCGAUUUUCGAUAUUUUAGACCGUAAACCGGAGAUUGACUCGAGCUCAGAUGAAGGGACAACGUUACCGAUCGUGAAAGGUGACAUCGAGUUUAAACACGUCGCUUUCCGUUACCCUACAAGGCCAGACAUUCAGAUCUUUCGUGACUUACCGUUGCAUUGGUGGGAGAGUGGGAGCGGGAAAUCGACAGUGAUAAGCAUGAUUGAGAGGUUCUACGAUCCGGAUUCAGGCAAGAUACUUCUAGACGAGGUGGAGAUUCAAACGUUCAAAUUGAGAUGGUUAAGACAACAAAUGAGUUUGGUUAGCCAAGAACCGGUUCUCUUCAACGAGACGAUUAGAUCAAACAUAGUCUACGGCAAAACCGGAGGAUACACUGAAGAGGACAUCACAACCGCAGCGAAAGCGGCCAAUGCUCAUAACUUCAUCAGCUCAUUGCCUCAAGGGUACGAAACGUCGGCGUUCAACUGUCAGGCGGCGACUAGUGCGUUGGAUGCGGAGUCUGAGCGGGUGGUGCAGGACGCGCUUGAGCGUGUGAUGGUGAAUCGGACCACGGUUGUGGUGGCUCAUAGGCUUAGUACGAUCAAGAACGCAGAUCAUAAAAACGGUGUGGUUGCUGAGAAAGGAAGACACGAGAGGCUAAUGAAGAUUCCUGGUGGUGCGUAUGCUUCGCUUGUGUCGCUUCACAUGAGUUCUAGCUAA